AUGUCAUCUCCCUUGACUAGGGCCGAAGACCACAGUGCUGGGCGACGAGCGAGGGAGGUUUAUCGCUAUUUCCGCCCGGAGCGUCUCUGUCCUAUCGAUGAAAACUCGGCACCCGGCAGUGACAAUGGCUCGAUUCAGGAUCUUCUUCACACUUCAACUGCAUCGGCCGCUCGAGGUCGUUCGCCAUGCAGUCCAUCACAAUCCCCACGGUCCCCGAAAUCAUUAUCCCCGGAGCCGGUAGCGAUUCCUCCAAGUCCUAUAUCUGAAUCCCUCAUCCUUGGCGGUGCAAACACCACUCUAAAUUCCUUCGCACAGCUGGCUGCACUGCGACUGGAUGUAGACCGCGCCUUCAUCAGUGUAUCUGACAGGGACUCACAGUACAUCAUCGCACAGGGUGGUCAGACUGUGGAAAAUACAAACCAGUAUGACCUGAUCGGAGAAGGCGUAUAUGCAGGCUGUUCGACGCUUGAUGUGUCCACCUGGAAUAUGUGUCAGGACACCGUCGCAUUGCCCCGAUCAGAUCGAAGGCAAGCAGAAUACAGUUUUGUUGUCUCGAAUGAUAUGGCUCAGGACGAACGCUAUCAAAAUCUGCCCCUAGUAAAGGAGAAACCAAACUUUCGAUUCUAUGCCGGCACACCCUUGACCACAGAUAGCAAUAUCAACGUCGGAUGUCUCUUUGUUCUCGACACAAAGCCCCACUCGGAAUUUUCUGACAAAGACAGAGUCACCAUGGGUCAAAUGGCAAUAUUGAUCAUGGACUUCCUGAAAGUCAGUCGCCAGGCCACAGAAGGCCGGCGCGCGGCUCGCUUAUUGCGAGGAGUUAACAGUUUCGUUGAGGGUCGGUCAAGCCUCGUUGAUGAUACAGGGAGCACCGAAAGUUCAAACUCAGAGUCUGUGGGUGCAUCUAGGAGCAGAAAGAGAAGUCGUCAUCGGAGGAAUAGCAGUGUAUCUUCCCUUUGCUCUCGCUCCAGCAGUAGCAGUGCAAAUUCAUUAUCCGAUUCCGAACCCUCUGGACCGUCUUCCUCCUCAAGUUACAGUUCAGCAAAUCCGAGCGCACCAGGGAAUACGCAAAAUUCAACGGACAACAAAAUGGGAAAUUCGUGGACAUUUCGACGUGCCGCAAACCUCAUACGCGAGAGCCUCGAGCUCGGCGGUGACAGUGGUGUGGCCUUCUUUGAAGCCGGUAAUGAUUUCAUGCUAGAUCGCAAUAGCGAUAGUGAAUCUUCUUCCAGCUCUAUUGAGAAUGGCAAGGUUGCUUCCAUUCUUGGUCUCUCCACGGCGAACUGUUUGCACGGUCCGCUUGAAGGAUCGGCUUCGUCCUAUCCCGUCACAAAUAUGGACGAGGAAUUCUUGCACCGUCUUCUGAACAGAUAUCAUAAGGGCAGGAUUUGGUCUCUUCAUCGCGACGGCCAACUUUCUAGCUCUGACAGCGAGGAUGGAUCUCGGAAACAGUCUAUUUCGGGAAGGAACUCCCCUCGAUCAAUGCCUCUCGGAAGUUCAAAGCGGCGGAAACUCAAAGAGAACAACAUGCUAAAUCAGUACUUUCCUGGUGCUACUCAAGUCAUGUUCGUACCAUUGUGGAAUGCCGCUAACUCGCAAUGGUUUGGUGGCUUUUUCUGCUGGAACAACGUGGAGAGCGAUGUUUUCGACCCUUCAGUAGAACUUGGUUCUCUGUUGAGUUUUGGAUCAUCCAUCAUGUCUGAAUGUAGUCGAAUCGAAUCUCUGAUUUCAGACCGCCAAAAGGCCGAUUUCCUUGGCAGCAUAUCGCACGAACUGCGAAGUCCUCUUCAUGGAGUUCUAGCGGCGGCAGAAAUUCUGCAGAGCACUGACCUAAGUCAGUACCAGAGCUCUUUAAUGGAUACCGUCAACGCAUGCGGUCGGACCUUGCUGGAUACCAUGAACCAAGUCUUGGAUUACAGCAAGAUCUUAUCUCUGGAAAAACGAUUUCGACAUCUAGAUCGACGAAGGAUUUCAAGCUUGGAACUCAAGAGAAUGCAUCGGUCUGCAGCACACCUGGACAAAUAUACCGCAACAGACCUAUCCGUCUUAGCUGAGGAGGUGGUGGAUGGAGUCUGUCUGGGUCAUAAUCAUAUCCAGAAGUCCUCCUCCUCUUCCCAUGUUCUGACGUCUGAAACAAAGCACGGCACGGCUAGUGAGAAUUCAUCAGCCCCAAAACUCGACAUUACAAUCGACAUAUCCCCCAACAACUGGGUUUACAACAUCCCCCCGGGGGCGAUUCGUCGCAUCAUCAUGAACAUCUUCAGCAAUGCGAUCAAAUAUACAGAGGCAGGCCAAGUGUCAUUACGAUUGGAAGCUGACAGCUCGUCCUCACGACACAAUACUCAAGAAGACAUGAUCACCUUGACCGUGGCUGAUACUGGCAAGGGUAUCUCGGAAGAAUUUCUACGAUCUAAUCUUUUCGUUCCCUUCAUUCAAGAAGAUUCUCUCGCCAGUGGCUCUGGACUGGGCCUUUCUAUUGUUCGCAGCUUGCUCAAACCCCUCGGCGGAAACAUCAGCUUCCAAAGUAAGCCAGGUGCCGGAACGACCGUGAAGGUUACUCUGCCUCUGGUCCGUCCAGAGCACGAGUUCGAAGCUUAUUUCGGAUCCUCACCACCACCCACAAACGAACGACCAACCGUAUCAACUGCUGCCCAUCUUCUACGAGAGAAAUAUGCGGGACGAACCAUCGCCUUUGUCAAUGCAAACUCCAAGGAUGCCUCCAAUAAACCAUCCGAGUCACCCUAUCUAACCGACUGGUUUGGUUUCAAGAUGGCAUCAGCUUCAUAUAAAAAGCCCGUCGAUCUUGUUUUCCUUGACUCAUUACCAUCCAAAGGGGAUACUAGCAGCAUAUUUUCCGACCAGAACUCAUCUCUCCUUGUGUUGAGCAACGAUUAUGUUGGCCACGACUCUAUACAAGUUGAGACCGCAUUUGGGCCUCGCGAUAUACAUAUAAUCAGCCGUCCAUGCGGUCCGCACAAGCUUGCUCGAAUAGUGAAGGGAUGUCUAGAUAGAGAGCUACCCAAAACAACGGCGAAACCGAUCAGUCUCCCCGAAAGAUCUUCAGAACGACCCAAAAAUGAAGAUACGACAAACGAGAACGACAUUUCGGAUAAGGAAACUCAAACUCCAGACACAGCUCCGACAGGGACGGCCGAGCCUUUAACAAACUCCACCUCCGACAAACCUGAACCCUCAACGGAAAAGCAAGGCCCUCGGAUUUUGGUAGUCGAAGACAACAAAAUCAACCUUAACCUGAUGCUCGCUUUCCUAAAGAGACGCGGUCUAGCCGCCUUGGACUCAGCUGAGAACGGCAAGCUAGCCGUAUCUGCCGUGAAAGAAGAGCAGCAGGGGUACGAUAUCAUCUUCAUGGAUAUAUCAAUGCCCGUCAUGAACGGCUUCGAGGCCGCACGAACAAUACGUGCAUUUGAAAAGUCACGAGGUGAGGGGUGGAAGCGAUCGAAGAUCGUCGCCCUCACGGGACUCAGCAGUGUAGCUGAUGAGACGGAAGCCCUUGAAUCUGGAAUUAACUUGUUCCUCACGAAACCCGUUGCGUUUAAGGAGGUCAAGAAGAUAUUGGAUCGUUGGGAUCAGGGGGAAAGCGAUGCUAAAGAAGAGGCUGGAGCGUCUGAGUGA